AUGGCCGACAUCAAUGCUCUCCCCCCAGAGCUACUGGACCACAUCGCCGGCUUCUGUGACCAUGCAACGCUGAAGAGUCUCCGUCGCGUGUGUAAGUCAAGCAGGGAUGCCGCCACGCCCGGCGUGUUCGAACACUUCUACAUGGCCAUGUUCGAUCACUGCCUAGAGAACCUUUGCUCCAUCUCCAAAUCGCCCCUCGCCAAGCACGUAAAGGCAUUCACCUUCUACACCGAUGUACUCCCAGACUGGACAGGCGAGAUUCCUUCGAGCCCCGAUGAUCUUGACUGGCCGGUUGCCAUAGACUUCCGUCCGGAGAUAGCAAGAUCUCAAAUCGCCGCCCAAACACCGGCAAGACAGCCCAGUUCAGUCGUAGACGUGUAUCGACAAGUCGACUACGACAGUCUUCCACGCCACAACUUCAGCGAUGAGGAACUCAAGCAGGGCUGGCGAGAAUUUGAGAAGUUGCGUGAGCAACAGUCAACCUGGCGUAAAUCAGAGCAACCGAGCAUGCGCUUCAAGGAGUAUUUCGCGAUGCUUCCAAACGUCACUGAAGUGCAUGUCACGACUUGUCUAUCCUUUCCUUUCUUCUCCUCGGGAGCGAGACCAGCGAGGGAACUUCCACUCUGGUCAGCACUUCGACGCCGUAUGCUGGUCGGGCCGGACGAUUGGACGGACGAGUACGAGUACCCCGACAAUCGCUCAAAACUCUGCGGACAAGGAUUCUCGUGCAUGCUGGAGGCAAUUGGCUUCCGGGCCUCAUUCGCUGGCACUCGACAUGUUACCAAGUUACAUGCUCAUGCAACUCACUACGGUUCAUUGCAGUUUUGCGCAAGAAACAGAGCAUACCCUUGUUCCAAACCCUGGCCUGCGACAUUCGAGUGCAUGCGGCAGGGCUUCGAGAAUCUCACAGCUAUCGAGUUCACUUCGGCAUGCACCACGUACCUUACACCAGGAGAUGAGGACGAGGCGAUCGAAGAAAUAUUCGGGAUGCUGUGCGCUGCAACGAAGCUGAAGAGCCUGAAGCUCGUCUACGAAAGCACAGUCGUCGGCAGCGAGCGAGACUACAAUUGCUUCGGACGUCGCCUCCAAAAACAUCCGCCGUGGCCGCCUAUCGAAAGCUUGGAGCUUAGUGUCACUUUCAUGCCUUACUGGGAUCUACUGCCGGUGUUGCAAACACUUGCGCCUACUCUACGCAGCUUGAAGCUGCGCGAUACAGACAUCGUGGACAUCAGACCGCUCGUCGCACAGAUCCCGAAGAUUCUGGACUUGCAACACGCAUACUUGGAAUGCAUUUGGCAUUGGUGCGACGUGUCCGAGGAAACCAAUUGCUUGUUCAUGGAAGGGACAGAUGUUGGUCUUCCCUACGAGCGGUCUGUGAAGCGGUACUUGACCCGCAAGAUUGACAAGAUGCCGGACCUGAAGCUUUGCAGUUGUGAAGAGCCAUACGAGGCGCAGGAGGAGAGCCCCGAGUGA